UGUGUUUCCGGUACAAGUGCCUCCAUGACUCCAUGUUUCUAUUAAUCAAAUCCCCAAAUUUCACUCUUCUUUUCUACAGCAUGAGAUUUGAUUCAAUGCUUCGUCAACCAUCUAAUUUCACAAUUCCAUUUUGAUCUGAUUUUAUUUUUAACAAAACCCUGCUCUUAUCGUACUUGGAGAGUUUUCGGAUUUUCUAUGUCAAUAGAACAACUUCGAACACAAAGAUGGGAGAUCAAGGGUUUUCAUAUACAUUGGAUGAAGCACUUUCUGCAAUUGGAUUUGGGAAAUUCCAAUUUAUUGUGCUUGCAUAUUCUGGACUCGGAUGGGUAGCAGAAGCCAUGGAAAUGAUGCUUCUCUCUUUUGUUGGACCAGCCAUCCAACCUGAGUGGGGACUUUCUUCAAGUCAAGAGAGUUUGAUAUCAACUGUAGCUUUUGCUGGAAUGCUGAUUGGAGCAUACUCAUGGGGUGUUGUGUCAGAUUCUUAUGGAAGAAAGAAGGGAUUUCUUGGUUCAGCUAUAAUAACAAGUGGAGCUGGAUUUUUGAGUGCUUUUGCUCCAAAUUAUAUAUCGUUGUUGAUUCUACGUUUCUUUGUUGGUAUUGGUUUAGGGUGUGGACAUGUGUUUACAUCAUGGUUUCUUGAGUUUGUUCCUAUUCCAAACAGAGGAGCUUGGAUGGUUGUUUUUUCUACCUUUUGGACUGUUGGAACAAUCAUGGAAGCUGCACUUGCUUGGUGGAUCAUGCCUAACUAUGGUUGGAGGUUGUUACUUGGAUUAUCUGCAGUUCCAUCUCUUUUGGCACUAGUGUUUUAUCCUCUUGUGCCAGAGUCUCCAAGAUACCUUUCUACACAAGGGAGAUUAACUGAGGCACGUUAUAUUCUGACAAAGGGUGCUCAACUCAACAAAAAAGAGCUUCCAGAAGGCUUACUUGUUUCUGAUCAUGUAAACAAGAUAGAAACUGAUGAUGAGUUAUCUGAAAGUAGCUUAUUACUCUCCUCAAUUAGAAAUAAAACCAGUGAUUCACAAAGAAGAUCAUCAUCUGUAUUCAUGCUUUUUUCUCCAAAGUUGAUUAGAACAACGGUUCUUCUAUGGUUUUUAUACUUUGGCAACACGUUUUCUUAUUAUGGAAUUAUACUUUUGACUUCACAAUUAAGCAUUGGGCAAAGUGAAUGUGAGCAACCCACUUUGCUUGCAGAAAAUAUCCAGGAUUCCAGUCUCUAUGUAAAUGUAUUCAUCACCAGCUUAGCAGAGCUUCCUGGGCUUGGUAUAGCAGCUUUGAUAUUAGACAGAGUAGGGCGUAAGAUUUCCAUGGAAAUUAUGACUGUUGCAGGAUUCAUUCUAUUAUUGCCACUUGUUCUCCAUCAAAAUGCAAUAUUAACAACAAUCUUUUUAUUUGGAGCUCGUAUGUUCAUUUCAGCAAAUUUCAUUGUUGUCUGUAUCUAUGCUCCUGAGGUGUAUCCAACAAGCUUAAGGGCAACAGGAGUGGGAAUAGCAACAGCAAUAGGCAGAAUAGGGGGAAUGGUGUGUCCUUUAAUAGCAGUUGGGAUGAGUAGUAAUUGUCACCAAACACUCCCUGUUAUCCUCUUUGAGGUUACAAUUCUUCUAUCGGGACUUUGUGUUGUGUUGCUUCCAUUUGAGACCAAAGGGAGGGAAUUAGUAGACGUUAUAGAUUUGCCUGUUCAAAAUGUGCAAGUAGAUUAAAUUUAUUUAUUUGUAAAUUAAUUUCAUUUACAUCCAAUAAUCAACUUUAAAUAAAAAUCAUACUCAUUUUGAAUAUCUUAGGUAGUUUUAUCAACAAUGUUGUUUUAUCUUAAAGGUGUAUUGGUACUUGGUAGCGCUUAAUUAAAGUGUCUUUUUCAA